ACCCCACUUGCACUCAUCGUAGAUGAGUGAGGGAUAGAGCUGGUGCUCACAGGAAGCCACGCGCCCUUCAAAGGCACCUGUCUUUCUUAGCAUCAUGCUUCUUGAGCAAGCCGGGCACUGCCUCGCAGACCUUCCUUGGAGCCACUUUAAGACAAGCAAGAAAUCUUGUUGGCUCUUCCCUCUUUAAGUUCUUCUGGUUGGGCUCAGACCUGCCUUGAGGAGCCUGUAAAUCUGAAAAUGAACCCCACAGAUAUAGCAGACACCACCCUGGAUGAAAGCAUCUAUAGCAAUUAUUAUCUGUUUGAAAGCAUCCCCAAGCCUUGCACCAAGGAAGGCAUCAAGGCAUUUGGGGGGCUCUUCCUGCCUCCCCUCUACUCCUUGGUCUUCCUCUUUGGUCUGUUUGGAAAUUCUGUGGUGGUUCUGGUCCUGUUCAAGUACAAGCGGCUCAAGUCCAUGACCGACGUGUACCUGCUCAACCUUGCCAUCUCAGACCUGCUCUUCGUGCUCUCACUCCCUUUCUGGGGCUACUAUGCCGCAGACCAGUGGGUGUUUGGGUUAGGCCUCUGCAAGCUGGUUUCCUGGAUGUACCUGGUGGGCUUCUACAGUGGCAUCUUCUUCAUCAUGCUCAUGAGCAUCGAUAGGUACCUGGCCAUUGUGCACGCGGUCUUCUCCCUGAGAGCAAGGACCUUGACUUAUGGGGUCAUCACCAGCCUGGCCACAUGGUCAGUGGCUGUGUUCGCUUCACUUCCAGGGCUUUUGUUCAGCACUUGCUAUACUGAGCGCAACCAUACCUACUGCAAAACCAAGUAUUCUUUCAACUCCACAAGAUGGAAGGUUCUGAGCUCCCUUGAGAUCAACAUUCUAGGGCUUGUGAUCCCCUUGGGGAUCAUGCUCUUCUGCUACUCCAUGAUCAUCAGGACCCUGCAGCACUGCAAAAACGAGAAGAAGAACAAGGCAGUGAAGAUGAUCUUUGCCGUGGUGGUCCUCUUCCUGGGCUUCUGGACCCCUUACAAUGUGGUGCUCUUCCUGGAGACCCUGGUGGAGCUCGAGGUCCUGCAGGACUGCACCUUUGAAAGACACCUGGACUACGCCAUUCAGGCUACAGAGACCCUGGCUUUUGUUCACUGCUGCCUUAAUCCAGUCAUCUACUUCUUCCUGGGGGAGAAAUUUCGCAAGUACAUUGUACAGCUCUUCAAAACUUGCCGGGGCACUUUGGUGCCCUGCCAGUACUGUAGGCUCCUGCCAAUUUACUUCCCUGAAACCCCCAGCUCGUCUUACACGCAGUCCACUGUGGACCACGAUCUCCACGAUGCUCUGUAAAAAAAAAAAAAAAAAAAAAUGCACAAACAAGGUUAAUAAGCUUCCCAAAUUAAGAGCUUACUUAAAAUGUUAUUGUAGUAAGAGUUUCCUGAAUGAGUGCCAGGAAGAAGAAGAAUUACAUCCACUGCUAAAAGUAGGGCUUCUCACCCUGCAGUCAGCUUUUCUUCCUGCCAUUUACAAGUUCAGUGCGACCAGAGUUCACCCAGACGGGGGCAUCCCUCCUCGCACCAGGCUUUCCUGGGAAUGGGUAAGCCUGAGGAGGAUUCUGAGCAAUGUUUCAAUGAGGAGGUAGAUAAUUUUGGAAAGGGAAGACUAUUCCCUUCUAACCUGAACUCAUGGGUUCUCCAGAGAAAAUUGUACAGAAUUGACUUGGGGAGUAAGUAAAUCCCUACUUCUUGCUGUGAAAGUGAGCCCUUUAAUUAUCUUCUAGCUUUUGUGAGACUAUACAGAAAACUUUGGUAUGCUGUCCCAGUUUUUUCCUAAUAAUAUAUCCGAAGCAUGGUAUUUUUCCAUGAAGCCAGGUAUAUGCAGAAAGAAAUAGUGAAGGAACGUAGAUAUUGAUUCUUUUAUUGUAAAGGAUUAUUUGUUAAUGGAAGCCAAACUUUUAAUGCUGAUGAUAAGGACAUGAAGGAAUUAGCAUGUUCUGAUUUCCAAACAUAUCUGUAGAUAUUCAAAUACAGUUGCAUAUGUUUGUGGGCAUGUUUUAAUUAUAACAGAUGAAUACUCAAAUUUAACAAAUAGGGAGUUCUCUUGUGGCACAGCGGCUUAAGGAUCCAGCCUUGUCACUGCUGUGGCACAGGUUCAGUUCUUGGCCUGGGAACUUCCACAUGCCAUGGGUAUGGCAAAAAAUAAAAACAAAACAUUAAAAAUACCUACAGAAUAAUACAUAGGCCCAGAUACGUUUAUGUGGGACCUUUUACUCAUUUACAAACGUCACCUUCAAAAAUAAAAGUUAUGAGGACUGAUGAAGUAUGACAAUGCUUCCUUAGUCAUUUUGAAGUGUCUGCCAUCAAGUGGGCAAGAAUAAUCCACUAAAAAUUAUUGCUGAUGUGGCAUAGAAAUGACUCUCAAAAAAUGAAAUUGUGAAAAGCGGCAUCCUCUCGUUUAAAAUAUUGACUCUGGCUUAUAAGUUUUAGCAGACUCAAAAGUUGGUUAGGUCAUUUCUUACAAGUGAUUUUAAUUAUGUAACUAUUUUAUGCCAUUAAGGGAAAUCUCUGUUCUUACAGCCUUAAUCAGAAUUAAGUAAAGACUUCAAUGAAAUCUGGGGAUACCUGCAAUCUCUCCCAAAGCAAACCUGUUUUGCAAACUCUUACCUGAGUUAAUCAGUUUAAAAUGCUUAUGUGAAUUUACAUAGUAUUGCACGCUUUACUGCAUUUCCAGAAAAUUUAUUUUCAGAAAAGUGAUUUUUAAAAGGGUAAGUUGAU